AUGAGCAGCAGCAACAACCGUGGGUACAGCAGCAACAGCAGCAGCAGCAGUGCCGUCUUCGAUUCGGGAGACGUCGCAACAGCAGUGGUAGCAUCAUCGUCGUCAACGAGCGCCAGUCCCGCCUCAAGCAGCAAGGGCAAGGCCGCCGUCUCGCCCGAACCAUACAACCUUCGAUUCCAACGCCGCCAAUCCGAGCGCGCAUUCCUCGAGGGUCAAUAUCGUGUCACUUCCCCCAGCAUGGAAUAUCCUUCAGGCGCAUCUCCAUGGGCCUCGUCUCCGGAAGCAAGUCGAGCUAGCUUCAGUAGCGAUGUCCCGCGAGAAGACCUGCCUGCACCAGCCGUACAAGACCUUCAGCACGACGAUGCGCUUCCCGUGCAGGGCAGCAACGGCGAACGUGCCCAUGCGUCGCCAUACUCCUAUCAGCCAGGACUGGAGAGCAAUUGGUCUCCCGAACAGCAGCAGCAACAACAACAACAACAGCAGCAGCAGCAGGAGUACUACGGAGCAGGCGAUGACAACCGGCGACCGCAGUCUGGGAGAUACCACAAUGUGCCAGUACAGCAGCCUCAACAGAGACAACAUUUGCCGCAAUACAAGUUGCAAGCGAAGAUCGCAGGUCUGGAGAGGACUGGCAAGAAGGACCUGAUACUACGCUUCGAUGUCUACACGAACCUGCCCAAAUUCCGCACGACUCAAUUCCGUGAUGUCCGCCGUACGCAUUCGGAAUUUCAGAAGUUGGCCUCGCAUCUCACAGCAUCAAACCCCGAGGCCCUGGUGCCUGCCGUCCCGCCGGCGGCCUCCAGCGCAGGCAUGGGCACUGAGGAGGACGAGAACCGCACCAAGACUGCGAUACAACGAUGGCUCAAUGUCGUUUGCUCCAACGACGUUUUGAUGCGGGAUGAAGAGAUGGUCUUUUUCGUCGAGAGUGAUUUCGGUUAUAGCCCUGUGGUGAGGAAGCGACAGCCGGCGACAGGGAUGCGCAGGAAAGUUUUGAAGCAGUUCGCGCCACCACCUGACAACACCCCGGAGCUGCUGGAGAGCAGGCCGAUCGUGAAAGGAUUCUAUCUUGGUUCAAUGGACAGUCAGCAGAAAAUUGAUCGGGUGGUCAAGAAUCGGAGAUCUCUCGGUGUGGCCGAGUCUGAUUUUGGCAACAAACUAGCGACGCUCGCAACACAGGAAGCUCAUCCCGGACUCGCGAACGCUUAUCGAAAAUUGGGCAAGGUUGUGCAAAACACUGGCGACUUUCACGCUGCCCAAGGCACCGCCGAAGCCGCGACAUUGUCCGACCCAUUCGCCUACCACAGCAGCGACGCCUUCAUAGUCAAGGAGACGCUCACCAACCGCCACAUUCUCCUUCGCGAGCUCACCCAAGCCCAGCAGCAGACCCGCAGCAAGCUCUCCGCCGCCGACCGGCUGAAAGCGUCCUCCAGCGUGAAGCGCGACAAAGUCGACGAAGCGAUCUCCGCCCUCGACGAAGCGCGCAGCCACGAACAAUACCUGGACCAGAAGACCCAGCGCGUGACCCAGAACCUGCUGAACGAGAAGCGGAAAUGGUUCGCGCGCACGGCCGCCGACAUGCGCACCAGCAUCCGCGAGUACGUCAUUCGCCAGAUCGAAGCCGAACGCCGCACCCUCGCCAACCUGGAACAGGUGCGCCCGGAAGUCCGCAACAUCGAUGCCUCGGGCGGCCUCAGCCGUCUCGGCCGCGAGAGCCAUCCGAUCAUCCGGAAAUCCACCAUGGCGUCGAGCCAAGGUCCCAAGGGCGACGCGUGGUCCGGCGUCCCGCGCCGGCCAGACGGCCUCAACCGCAGCAUCAGCGGCGGACAGCCCGGGGAUCCUGCCGCCGCCGGCGCUGCUGCUGAAAACGCCGAGGGCGAGGGUCCCGGUGCGGACAGUGCUGCCGGCGGUCGGAAGCGCGCCACCAGCGGGGCGAGUAGCCUCAACAAAGUCGCGGAGGAAGAAGAUGACGAUCGGGUGGAUGCCCGGAAUGCGGCGAGUCGGCUGGCGCAGACGACGUUCUAG